AUGAACGCCUUCUUCGAGAGCCGUGUCCCCAACGCCGCCUAUUCCACUUCCGAUGGCACUUGGCACACUUCCAACCGUUUUUCCCAGGGCUCUUGGGAUCUCGCCAACGCCGGCUCCGAUCCGCGACACACCUCGGCCGAAUUGGUGUCCUGAAUCUUUGGAAAAUGUAAUGAAAAUUUGAAAUUUGAAGAUGAGACCUAUGCUGCUGGCGAUGACGUUUGCUGAGCUGCCGAGUUGCGAUGGAAUCCUUCCGAUCACUUGAGGAGGCACUUGCGGAGGUCGAACUUGUCGUUUGCCUCGAGUCAGACCUGCGAUGACUCGUCCGGCGACUCCUUGAAGACAUUAUAAUGUUCGAAAGUUGAAUGAUGCUUGAUUUAUCAAGAUUUACAGAAGCUCACCGGGUACGCCUCUGAUGGUGUCACCGACAGCUUCAGCCACGUGAACGCCUUCUUCUAGAGCCGUGUCGCCAACACCGCCGAUCCCACCGCCGAUGGCACUUGGAACGCUGCCAACCGCCUUCCCAAUCCCUCGUGGAAUCUCGCCAACUCCAGUUCCCACUUUCGAAACGCCGCUGCCGAUCUCAUGUCCUAG